UCCAAUCGGUUUGCAGAGAACAAUAGACCAAGUGCGCUCCCGACAGCAGAGAGGACUGGGAGAGGUAGGAAAGAGCCAGCCAGAAAAAUCAUCUGCAAAUUCUCCGCACAUCUACAAAUCAGCGCUAAACGACAGCAUGUCUGAAGAGAAGACAAAGGAAGGUGUGAAGACCGAGAACGACCACAUUAACUUGAAGGUGGCCGGUCAGGAUGGGUCGGUGGUGCAGUUUAAAAUCAAAAGGCACACGCCCCUCAGCAAAUUAAUGAAAGCCUACUGCGAAAGACAGGGUUUGUCAAUUAGGCAGAUUAGAUUUAGGUUUGAUGGACAGCCGAUCAAUGAGACGGACACACCGGCACAGCUGGAGAUGGAAGAUGAGGACACUAUCGACGUAUUUCAACAACAGACCGGGGGCUGCUCCUAAGGACGGACCUCUUUCCUUGCAGACUGUACAGACUUCGUACCCGGAGAACAUCAGCUCAGCUAUUUUAUUUCAGUUUUCCUCCAAACGCUCUUCACCUUUUUUUUUUUUGUUUGUUUUAGUUUUGUUUUUUUUGUAACUCCACCUUCCUCCCACUCCACUCUAAAGGGGGGAAUCGUGGGGUUUGUGUUAAAUGUUUAUGUCAGAGAGGACAUGGUUUUAGACAGUGUAAGUGACUUUGCCUGGGGAGUGAGCAGUUUUCAGACACCCUCCCUGGAGUCUGCAUCAGUAGUGGUGUCUUCAGGGAGGGGGGAGGGGGAGGGGGGGGGGACUCUAACUCAUCGACUUCCUGUUCAAAACUCUGUCCUGUUUAAAAGGUCAGGGAGACAGAGGUCAUGACGGGGGCAGGCCAGUUUCGAUAUUUGUCAUGUGGAAUUUAGUGUGCCUGUGGUCAGUGUUCCAAUGCACAGGGGGGUCGGGGUGGGGGGGGGGAUCCCAUAGUGAUGUCAUUAGAUCUGCCACAAACUGAAGGAGCAGCAGGCUCUUGGAGUCUCCUGCGGUAUGGGGUGUAUAUUUUAGGUCCGUCUCUGUUCUGGGUACACGUGCAGAUGAAGUGUUUUCUCCUUUUUUUUUUAAUCAGUGCAGUUUGUUCAAAAGCCUAUUUCUCUGCCAAUGACCGGUAUAUGGGAGCUGUUCAUUUUCCUUGGACUCAAACCAUAUCGAGCGAAUUGAGGGACGGGAAGCUAUUGUAAUGGAUGAGAGAGAAUGAGAUUGUGUCUGGACCAAAUGCUAUACCCAGUAUUCUGAUCAAUAAAUGUUUUGAGAUUCUACAAAAAAAA